AUGUUUGAAGAAAUCUCAGCGCCAGUGGAAGGUGUUACUGAAAAAGUUGUUCUUAAAGAGACCAAACCACCAUUGGACAGUCGUAUCGGUAAAGAUGCGCCGUUCCAGUUUGGCCAGAGAGUACUCGCCGAUGAUAAUGAUGUGUGGAACCACAACGCCUGGGAUCACGCCGAAUGGGGUGAAGAGCAAAAGGUGGAGGCAGAGACUCUCAUUUCCAAGCAAUAUGAGAAUCCGGUUGAGGAGUUUGACAAGAAGUUGUACAACGGCAACCCGGCCAAGUACUGGGACAUCUUCUACAAGAACAACAAGGAAAACUUUUUCAAAGACCGUAAAUGGUUGCAGAUCGAGUUUCCAGUGCUCUACGAGGCCACCAAGGCGGAUGCCCCGCCUGUGACCAUCUUGGAAAUUGGAUGUGGUGCGGGUAACACCAUGUUCCCCGUCAUGAGCCAGAACGAAAACCCCAACUUUCGCAUUAUCGGCGCUGAUUACUCCAAGAACGCGGUCCAGUUAGUCAAGAACAGUGCCAGCUAUAACCCAGAGAUUGCCCAUGCAUGUGUGUGGGAUCUUUCCAACGAGAACUUGGAGUUGCCAGAAACCGUCGAGCCAGAGUCCGUGGAUAUCAUUAUCAUGGUCUUUGUGUUCUCCGCCUUGGCCCCAGAACAAUGGGUCCACGCCGUCAACAACUUGCAGAAAAUUUUAAAGCCGGGCGGUCAGAUCUUAUUUAGGGAUUACGGGAGAUACGACUUGGCGCAGGUUCGAUUCAAGAAGGGGAGAUUGUUAGACGACAACUUCUACAUCAGAGGUGACGGUACCAGGGUGUACUUCUUUACCGAAGAAGAGUUGAGGGACAUUUUCGGCAAGUUUUUCCAGGAGGAGCGGGUCGCUACCGAUAGACGUUUGUUGGUCAACAGAAAGAAGCAGUUGAAAAUGUACCGUAUUUGGAUGCAAGCUGUCUUUAAAAAGCCGCUUGAAAACUAG